GGUGAACUUGUUGAUGAACCAUUAGAGUGUAUGAUGCUGGUUGAUGCACUGCAACGCCUUUGCAUCGAUUACCACUUUGAAGAUGAGAUCAAAAUAUUUUUAGACAAGCUUUAUUAUGGAGGCAGCUUUAAAUCUACUGAUGACAUAGUGGAAUUGCAUGAAAUCACGCUGCAUUUUCGACUGCUGAGGCAAGCUGGUUAUUUUGUUCCUACAGAAGUCUUUGAGACCUUCAAGGACAAGAAAGGGCAGUUUAAACAAGAAUUAAGUGAAGACAUAAGAGGACUGAUGAGUUUAUUUGACGUUUCACAAUUUGGAAUGGAAGGAGAAGAUACACUGCUUGAUGAAGCCAACUAUUUCUCUCACAAGCACCUUACUGCUAAGUUGAGCACUACUCUCGAAGAACCUGGACUAGCCAGAGCUGUGGGUGAUACCUUGGAGCAUCCCUAUCACAAGAACCUAACUAGAUUCAAGGCCAGACACUACUACUACGACGACCUCACUAGUACUCAUCAUCCUCAUGGCACAUUUGGAUGGAGCAGUAUUGUACAGGAACUUGCAAGGAUGGAUUUUAACUUGCUUCAAUCUUUGUAUCAACAAGAACUCCUUCAGAUUUUUACGUACGUUUUUUAA